AUGGACAAAAUCAUGAUCCCUGUUUCCUUGACAACCCCGAUCGGAACCUCAGCAAUCCGUCGGGUCGCCACCACCGCCGCAAUCCGAUCCACCACCAUGCGUACCUCAACCUCCGGACUCCGGUUCUAUGCUGCCACUUCUGUUCGCCCCGUCACAUCAGCAGCACCACCACCCUGCACAAACACCCUCCGCAAGACUCUCCACCCUACUACCUCCGCACGUUUCCCCAGCGCCACCCCCGCACCAUUCACAGCAACCCGCUUGGCACCCAUUAUCCGCCGCGGCUUCGCCACCUCAACAGCCGGCAAGACAGCAACAACAGCCUCUACCACAACCGCCGCUUCCGGCAGCACCGUCGUCGCUUCCACCACUCCCCAGAAAAGCGGCUUCAUGGACAAGAUCAAGCAACUGAUCAAACAAUACGGCUAUACCGGCGUCGCCGUCUACCUCGGCAUCUCCACCCUCGACCUCGCUGCAACCUUCAUCAUCGUCAAAGCCGCCGGCAUGGAGAAAAUCGAAAAAGGCCAAGAUUACCUGAUCGAACACUAUGGUCAUUACGUCGGGUACAAGCCAAAGCCUCACGCUCACAACAACCCCGAGGCAGUGGAUCUGGAUAAGGUGGAUGAUGAGCAGGUGGGCGCAAUUUAUAACAAGGCUUCUGGGUUGUGGAGCGUAUUUGUGAUUGCCUAUGGGAUCCAUAAGCUUUUGGUGCCUUUGAGGGUUGUUGCGACCAGUAUGAUUACGCCUCCGCUGGUCAAGUGGUUGGUUAGGAAGGGAUGGAUCAAGGAGGUUGCCAAGAAGGGCGCUGUUAAGGCGAGUGCCGGAACUGCUGCGGUUGGAGCCGCUGCCACCCCCAAGCCAUGA